AUGGCAUUGCCUAAAGCUAUAAAGAAGUUUACUCUUCUUUUAACGGCUAUUGCUCUGAUAUUUAAUGUUUACAUCUACACCUACCCUUCAUUGAACCCGAAACAAUGCUCUUGGAGAUGUUUCGAGCAAGAUGCUAAGCAAGGCCAAUCCAAUUUAAUUUUUUCAUAUUUCAAUGAUAUAUUACAUUCUCAUGAUGAUAAGAAUCCCAAUGAUGUUAAGUUGAUGGCCUUAGGUGAUCCUCAGAUCAAAGGUAUCUGGGCAAAUACUCCAUAUAUCUCAAGACUUGAUACGUUUGGAAACGAUUACUACCUAGGUCAUAUUUUCCGUACCAUGUACAAUCGGUUGAAGCCUUCGCACGUUGUUGUUAUGGGUGAUCUGUUCUCUUCGCAAUGGAUCGGAGAUUCUGAGUUCUUCAAUCGGACCGUUCGGUACACAAAAAGACUAUUUAAUAGAGAUGUAAAGUGGUUGUAUGACCUACAAGAAGAACAUCACGGAGACGAUGGUACUUACAAGGUAAAUUGGGUCGAAUGGGCUGAUAAUCUGAACAAAAUCAGAACCGGCGAUCGUCCCAUGAAUUUUAGUUUCGGUUAUCAAGAUAUCUACAAUUGGACUUCAGCCGAAAACUAUUUGUUCAUCAAUGUUUCUGGAAACCACGAUAUUGGCUACUCUGGAGAUGCCACUUAUCAACACAUGGCAAGAUAUCGCGAACUCUUGGGAAAAGAUAAUUAUUGGAUUGAAUAUAAUGCUGGCACCGAUAAUGCAUGGAGGAUAAUUGUUUUGAACGAUUUAUUAUUAGAAGGACCUGCACUACAACCAGAAUUACUUGAAACCAAUUGGGAAUUUUUAUACCAAUUAUUUGAAAGGAAAUUCGAAGGUAGUACGGUAUUGCUCACUCACAUACCAUUUUAUAAGCCAUCUGGACUGUGUUACGAUGGCCCAGAAUUCAGAUACUACCCAGAAGAUUACCAGAGAGAGCCUUACAAGUCCAAGCUAUUGAGAUCACAAAACCAUUUGAGUGCUGAAGCUUCUAACAGGGUACUUAACUUAAUAUUUGAUGCUGAAAAACCUGGUAUCAUUUUGACAGGUCACGAUCAUGAAGGUUGCGAAACUGUCUAUAACAAAGAUGACAAAGGCAAUUGGACUGCAUCCAAAACAACAGAUCCAAAAAAUCUAAAUAUCAAAGAAAUUACUGUAAGGUCGAUGAUGGGAGAAUACCAUGGAAACACUGGUCUAGUAACAGGUCAUUUCAACGAAGCAACAAGACAAUGGGAAUGGAGUUUCAAUUUAUGUCCAUUUUCCAUUCAGCAUAUAUGGUGGUUUACCAAGGUAGUCACCAUUAUAACCGGCUUUUUGUGGUCGUCAGCAUUUUUCUUCUAA